CGACUCGUCUUCUCGCGAAUCGCACCAUCAGCAGUCGCGCGGCGCCGUGAAUCGCAAAAUUUGUAGCGAUUUUAGUCUAUUUUCGUCCGCGCGUGUCUUUUUUUCCCCCUUUGCGUUUGUUCGUCAGUUGUCGUUGAGAUGGUUGUUUAUUGGGCGUGUAAUUAGAGUGCUGGCAGCGGUUCCAUGUGGCCAGGCCGCCUUCGUCGAUCAAACUUUUCCAGUUGCGUCACGUUCGGUUUGUUUACGUUGUUUCAGGAGUUUCUGAAGAUUUGGCCGGAGCGACACCCAGUGAUGCGGUUAUUGAGGGCGGGCAAUGAAUGAUACGGCUUCGGAGCAGCUGUCGGAACAGUCUUUGCGUGGGGGAGAAACAACGGUCGAGUCGGUUUCGGAAGAGGGCGGUGAAGAGGAACAACCGUGGACGAUUUAUCAGUUUAUUUGCGAUCAGGCUUUGUUUUAUUCACGCGAAACCCUGGAUCACAUAGUGCUAGUCAUCUUUAUCUACACGCUCCUGUGUCUGGUUCUGUACAAGCUCCUGUUCCACCGGUGCAGUCGAUGGCUGAAGUUAGUCCGGAAGAGUCGCCUCCCGGCCACGGCGAACCGCGCCCUCCUGGUGACGGCCCAUCCCGAUGACGAAUCGAUGUUCUUCGGGCCCACCAUUCUGGAGCUGCGCCGACGAAACUGUCGGAUCUUCCUGCUCUGCCUGUCGGAUGGAAAUUACGACAAGAAAGGACCAACCCGGAGGCAGGAGCUGUGGGACGCCAGCGAAUCGCUCGGCAUCAAACCGGAGGACAUCACGCUGCUGAAUGCGACCCACCUGCAGGAUGACCCCGCCGUCGAGUGGAAGACGGUGACGAUCGCGAUCCAAAUUCUGAAACAUCUGGAAGCGCUCGACGCGGAUCUGCUGGUCACGUUCGACAAGGACGGCGUCAGCGGCCAUCCGAACCAUAGUGCCAUCUACUACGCGACCGCCUCGCUCUGCUUGUCCGGCAUGAUUCCGAACAAAUGUAAAGUCUUGACGCUGGAAUCGGUGAACCUCUGCCGGAAGUACGUUUCAAUAUUGGACCUACCGAUAACGCUGCUGCUGUCCACCAACUGGUCCGUGCUGAGCUGGGAAUCGCGCCGUGCCGUGCAGAACGCGAUGCGCCUCCACCGGUCGCAGAUGGUCUGGUUCCGGCAGCUGUACGUGGCGUUCUCGCGCUACAUGGUCAUCAACUCGCUGUGCGAGAUCAACCAGUCGGACGUGGAGUUUGAGAUAUUGAACUCUUAAUUUAUUUGAACGAAGAUGAAACACAAUUUACGAAGUAUUGACAUCACCCCCGCGAAGAAGAAGACGAAAAGGUAGGUGAGCAUAUUUUUCUACGUCGAGCAAGGCCAGAACGUUUUUUCUUUUGUGUACCAAUGAUUGGGACUCUUGCUCCUACACACAUAACGAAGGUGCAAUAGCUUUUGUCGCUUUGCAAAUGAAAACUGCAAACAUUACUAUAUUAAAUAACACAUAAAUUUAAAAAUAAAAGAAAACACGGUCAGGGAAGAAGGAACGAAACCGAUUAUAUGAAAACGAGAUGCUGAACAGCUAGUCCUUUUUACCUACCUUCCGCGUAAACGGAUCCCAUCGCAUGCGUUUAGAGCGGCUCUUUUUAAACUAACUUAUCUCAAUUAUUAUAAUUCUUACGCAUUCGCUAAGCAUAUUUAUUACCAAACGUACCCACAUUGUUUUUAAAUGAAAAUGUAAGUUAUUGAACGAAGAGGUAUGGCGAGAUGAAUAAAAUAAAAUGUUGUUAGUCAUUGAAGAAGAAAGUAAUGUAUUUUUUUCUAAGCGCAUUCUAAUUUAGCCAAUAACAGCUGCAAUUGCAUUACUUUUGUACAUAAGCAAACAACUCUGUUUGAAACUUUUGCAUUAUUUAAUAAAGUACUUUUUAUCGGUCGAAAAGGAAGGAAGACACAUAC